AUGGCCAUCUCCAAUAAACAAAUCCUCUACGUCAAGAAACCCACUCCGGCAAUCGAUCCGAACCUGUCGAAUGGCACCUUCGCACUCCGCAACAGCUCCAUCCAGCUGCCCAUUCCCGCAGACAACGUCCUCGUGCGCACCCAUUAUAUCUCCUUGGACCCCGCAAUGCGCCAAUGGCUCACCGCGAAGCGCUCGUACAUAGCGCCCGUCGAACUCGGGGAUGUGAUGCGCAGCCAGGCUGUCGCCCAAGUUGUCCACGUUGGGGACAACCUGAAGGGCCAAUUCAAGACCGGCGAAUGGCUGAUUGCGGGCACGGGAUGGCAAGAAUAUGCGCUCGUAAAUGGAAAAGACGCUGCUAAACAGCGGGCUGUAGUCCCACCGGGAUGUUCGCCGACAGAUGCCAUGUCUGUGCUCGGCGCGGUUGGGCUGACGGCUUACUUUGGGCUUUUGGAGGUCGGCCAAAUGCGACAGGGCGACACCGUGGUCGUCUCGGGCGCUGCGGGCGCGACUGGCACGAUUGUUGGCCAGAUUGCGAAGAUCAAGGGUGCAAAGCGGGUUAUUGGAUUGGCUGGCAGUCCUGACAAGUGUCGUUUUCUCGCUGAGGAGUUGGGAUUUGAUGUCGCCAUAAACUACAAGGAUGCGGAUUGGAAAAAGCAGCUUCGCGCAGCAUGUCCUGACUAUAUCGAUGUUUAUUUUGACAACGUCGGCGGAGAGAUCCUCGAUGCUUGUUUGGGGCUGGCUGCACGGGAUGCGCGCUUCGCCAUUUGCGGGCACAUCAGUCAGUAUUCUGCAGCAAGGCCAGAGGGGCCGAAGAACAUCAUGAUGAUGAUUGGACAACGAGUCAUGAUGAAAGGCUUCAUUUUCUUUGAUUACCACAAACAAUUCCCAAGUGCCCUGAACGAUCUUCGGCAGUGGCUGGUCGAGGGCAAGAUCAAGCGGAAAGAAUUCAUCAUCAAAGGUGGUCUGGAGGCUUGUCCACAGGGACUGGUUGACUUGCUGACACCAGCAGCGCUGGAGCCAAGAGCAUGCCUUGGCCUCUAUAAGCACGCAAGAUGCCCUAUUUCUUGGCAUCGGCAACACGCCAUCACCACAGCUACAAGAGAGGCGGCAGCUCGUAAUAACGAGCAAUUCAGGCUCGAGAAUCUCUUCAAUGUCAGAAACAAGGUUGCCCUCGUCACCGGCGGCGGCUCAGGAAUCGGCCUGAUGGCCACGCAAGCCCUCGCCGUCAACGGUGCAAAGGUAUACAUAGUCGGACGCACCGAAGAGAAACUAGAGCGCGUGGCCGAGUUAUAUUCAACAACAGAAAGACAAGGGGGAGGAGGAGGCAGCGGCGGCGGCCAAAUCAUCCCCUUAACAGCCGACAUCUCACAAAAGGGCGAAAUAGCGCGCUUGCUCCACGAAUUCCAAUCGAGAGAAAACAGUCUGUCCAUCCUCGUCAACAACGCCGGCAUUUCGAGUCAAUCGCGACAAGACGUCGAGCGCGAGCAAGCCUCGGGCCUCAAACAAACCCUCUUCGACGACGAGGCCGCCACGCCCGAAGACUGGGAGAGUGUAUACCGCACCAACGUGACACAGCUAUACUUUAUGAGCUCUGCGUUUCUGCCCCUAUUAGAGAAAUCCAAUCGUGGUGCCGACAGCAGCACCAUUAUCAACAUCUCGUCCAUAUCUGGAAUUGUGAAAUCGUCCCAACACCAUUUCCCCUACAAUGCCUCCAAGGCCGCUGCUAUCCAUCUAACCAAGAUGUUGGCUCAUGAGGUGUCUAGUUCGGGGCUCAGAAUCCGCGUCAAUAAUAUUGCUCCCGGCGUGUUUCCGUCUGAGAUGACUGCGCAGGGGCAGAGUGAUGAGAAGCAGAAGAGCGAGUUGCCGAGGGAGAAGUAUGAGCAAAAAGUGCCCGCGAGAAGACCCGGUUGUGAUCGGGAUAUGGGGAAUGCGGUUUUGUUUGCGGCUACGAAUCAGUAUUUGAAUGGACAGACUGUGGUUGUUGAUGGGGGGCUUAAGAUUCCAUCAUCCAUUCCAUCAUCUAUAUAG